UGGGGGAAGGCAGGAAAAAUCCCGGUCCUUUCCCACAGAGCCUCAGCCGGUGAUGCUGCUUCCGGACGAGAAGGGCAGCCUGAGGCCCGAAGCAAAGCCAGCUGCAAGGCCACCGUCCCUCCAGCCUCCUCGCAUCCCAACAGUCCAGGCCCUCUGCCUCCAGGACCGGAGGUGUCCCCAAGGAAACUCAGACCCAGGAUCUUUCCCCAAAGCCUCCUGGUCCCGGUGCCCUGCGGCCUGGGGAACGGGACACAAAGCUGUUUUCCAAGUCUCCUUCCUCCUCCAACAUGCUCUUCUCCCCACCAGGCAUCUGCGGGUCCUGAUGUCAGUCACGGCCAGCAUGGAGUCCGGGCCCCCCAACCGGGUCACUGCAGGGCCUGCCAGUGACCCUGGAGAGAUCUACAACUGGACAGACCUGUUCUACUUCUUCAACCACAGUCUGCCCGAGUGCCACGUGGAGCUCAGCGAGAGCACCAAGCGCGUGGCCCUCUUUGUCCUCUACCUGGCCAUCUUCGUGGUCGGGCUGGUGGAGAACCUCCUGGUGAUCUGCGUCAACUGGCGCGGCUCGGGCCGGGCGGGGCUGCUGAGACUCUACGUGCUCAACAUGGCCAUCGCGGACCUGGGCAUCGUCCUGUCUCUGCCCGUGUGGAUGCUGGAGGUCACGCUGGACUACACCUGGCUCUGGGGCAGCUUCUUCUGCCGCUUCACCCACUACUUCUACUUUGCCAACAUGUACAGCAGCAUCUUCUUCCUGGUGUGCCUCAGCAUCGACCGCUACGUCACCCUCACCAGCGCCUCUCCCUCCUGGCAGCGCCACCAGCACCGAGUGCGGCGGGCGGUGUGUGCGGGCGUCUGGGUGCUCGCGGCCAUCAUUCCGCUGCCCGAGGUGGUCCACAUUCAGCUGGUGGAGAGCUUCGAGCCCAUGUGCCUCUUCCUGGCGCCUUUUGAAACCUACAGCACAUGGGCCAUGGCGGUGACCCUGUCCACCACCAUCCUGGGCUUCCUGCUGCCCUUCCCUCUCAUCACCGUCUUCAAUGUGCUGACGGCCUGGCGGCUUAAGCGGGCAGGACGGCCCGAGAGCCGGCGCCACUGCCUGCUGGUGUGCGCCUACAUAGGCGUCUUUGUCGUCUGCUGGCUGCCCUACCAUGUGAACCUGCUGCUGCUCUCACUGCAUGGGACCCACAUCCACCUCCACUGCUACCUGACCCACCUGCUCUACUUCUUCUAUGAUGUCAUCGACUGCUUCUCCAUGCUCCACUGCGUCCUGAACCCCAUCCUUUACAACUUCCUCAGCCCGAGCUUCCGGGACCGGCUGCUGAGUGCUGUGGUCCAUUACCUUCCCAAGGCCCAGCCCAGGACGGGCAGACGUGCCUCGUCUUCCUCCUCCUCCACGCAGCAUUCCAUCAUCAUCACCAAGGAGGGCACCGAGCCCACUGCAGCGGGCCCCCACCACGCCAGCCUGCACUUCCAGGCACCAAAUCCCUCACCCGUCUCCACUCCUGGGUCUCUCACAGCCAGCUGAGGUGGGGUUCCCUCUCCUCCCUCAUGAAGUAGAAAGCUGGAGGUGGAGGUGAGAGAUUGGGGGGCGGGGGCAGGGAAAAGGGUCAAAGCACUCACGGUCGACUUGGAGUCUAUCUUACACCUUGAGGUGGGGAGAGGGAGAAGGGGUAGAGAGGGAUAAAGAACGGGUCCUUGGUGUGGUCCUCUUUGUCUCAGUCCUUGUGUCUAAGACAGACGCACAGGAAAAAGGGUGAAAUAAAUAAUAGAGACAGCCGUGACUCGA